CCACUCCCCCACCGCAGCAGCGGGAAUAGGCGGAGCAGCUGCUAUCUUGCUGCUGCCACGGCUGGGGAGGCGGAUAGGGGGCGGGGGUUCAGGCUCUGGGCGCUGGUGAGUCCGGCCAAGCGGCCAGGGAAAGGCGACUAGGAGCCGGCGGCAAGGGGCAUGGUCCGGGAACCAACGCACUGAGCCGGGGCUGGCGGCCAGCAGCAGCAGCAACAGCAGUAGCAGCACAUCGGAACUUGGGCCGAAUCGAGCAGCCUUGUGCGCGCCGGGACCAUGGGAUGCUGCACUGGCCGCUGCACCCUUAUUUUCCUCUGCACUUUACAGCUGCUUGCUGCAUUAGAGAGACAAGUAUUCGAUUUCCUGGGAUAUCAAUGGGCUCCCAUCCUGGCCAAUUUCCUUCACAUCAUAAUUGUCAUCCUGGGCCUCUUUGGAACCAUUCAGUAUAGACCUCGAUACAUCGUGGUGUAUGCAGUAUGGACAGCCAUCUGGGUCACUUGGAACAUCUUCAUUAUCUGUUUUUACUUGGAGGUGGGAGGACUUUCAAAGGACAGUGAGCUUCUUACCUUUAAUAUUUCCCAGCACCAAUCAUGGUGGAGUGAGAACGGACCAGGCUGUGUCCGGAAGGAAGCCCCAGCGGCUGGGAUCGCAGGCUUGGACAGCCAGUCCUAUGUCUCUGUGAUUGGCUGUACUCUGGAGUAUCGGUACAUUGAGGUCAUGCACAGCUCCUUCCAGAUCCUGCUGGCGUUGGUGGGCUUUGUGUAUGCCUGUUACGUGGUCAGUGUCUUCACAGAGGAAGAAGAUAGCUUUGAUUUCAUUGGUGGAUUUGAUCCAUUUCCUCUCUACCAUGUCAAUGAAAAGCCCUCCAACCUAUUGUUCAAGCAGACAUACCUGCCUUCGUAAGUGAAGAAGAGGAUGCUGCACUAGUGCUCAGUAAAGAAGGGUCCAUCCCUAUCACGCGGAGACCCUGGUCUGAAGAAUUCAUCCCAUCUUACUCCUUAACACAAUGAAUGUACUACACAUGGCUGGGCCAUUUCCGUUUUGAGUCUGAGUGUUCCGAUGAUCCUCAUCUCCAUCCCAAGUGUCCUAGGACCCUGGGCCUUUAACCUGCCUUGCCUCAGGCCUGGUUCCAAAAACUACAGCCUGGAAGCCCUCACCUCCUCCCCCCUCCAACUCCUGCCUGUCUGGGGUCCCCUGGCCCACAGAGAUAGGCAUGGUCAUGACCCAGCUGCAGAUGCCUACUUUUUUUGUAAUUUUCUUUAAAAAAACAAAAACAAAAACAAAAAAUCACAUAUGUAUGUACUCACAGCUGCUCCUACCCCAUGGCUCAUGUCACAUGGGAUGUUCUUUGCAUCAACGGAGCAAAGUUGGUGGACUCUGUAUGUUGUAGUGAUCCCUCCUGCUACCCCCAGCCUAGGCUCGCCUUUGAGGUACAACAGGCACCUCAGGCCUUGUGAUGAGUUUGUCAUCUUUAUUCCAUGACCUCAGAGCACUGAGCUCUGAGUUCAGAGUGGAAGAGUCUGUCUGUGGGAAGCAGGGUAGUGAAAGAGAUGGCAGAGACAGGGGAGGCACAUGUAUAUAUAUACAUAAAAUAUGUAUGUACGUACACACAUGUUAAUGGAAUAUCCUUCAUGAGCCAUGGCCAUUGAGUGAACAAUUAAACUCAAUAAUCAAAUGCCA